CUCUUAAUGUUUUGCAUAGAACAACGUUAAUUAACAUUCAAAACCAUCAUUAUUAUUACUAUUCUAUUUUUUUGCUUGGCAUGUUGUAUAAGAAUAGCAACAGUGCUUAUUUCUGGGAAUUUUAUUUUGCUACUUCCGGAAGUCAUUGUUUUUCGUUAUUAUUUUGAGACAGGCAGAAUGACAGAGAAGCCAGUCAUGGAUUCUGUAUUAGAGAACAACUGCUCGGACCUGGUACCCCAUGAGAGGAGCGGACACACGGCUGCUCUAGAGGAGAACCUGCUGUAUGUGUGGGGAGGCUACAGGUCAGUCGCUGGUGCAAAUGUCUCUCUCCCCAAUGAUGAAAUCUGGGUGUAUGACUUAGAGCAAGGUGUAUGGAAGCUGUUCAACAUGACAGGGGAAGUCCCGCCCAAGAUGUCAGGGUCCUGCGGCUGCUCCUUGAAUAGACACAUGUACAUAUUUGGAGGCUGUGAUAACAUGGGACAGACGGAUGAGAUGUAUUGUGUCAGCCUGACAGACGGUAAAAACACGUGGAGGAAGAUCAAAAAUGCCAUCGGUUCUGCUCCCUCACCUCGAGAAAAACUGUCCUGCUGGGUUCACAAAGGAAGGAUCAUCUACUUCGGAGGAUAUGGCGAAAAACCACCAGAGGAGUUCAGCAGCAGUAAUGAAAACUUCAUUUUAGAUGAUGCAUCAUGGGUAGAGGUUAUCAUUUGGGGAUGGAACAAUGAGCUUCAUAUAUUUGACCCCAUGCACGCCACUUGGAGCGAACCACAAAUCCACGGCCGCCCUCCAGGCCCCCGUGCUGCCCACGCCAGCGCCAUGCUUGGUUGUAGGGGGUACAUUUGUGGGGGCAUAGUCAAGGAAACCAGGAUGAGUGACAUCCACUGCCUGGACCUUGAAUCAUGGACGUGGUCACAAAUAAUCCCAGUGUCCACCACUCCAGAGAGCAGAUCGUGGCACACGCUCACAGCAGUUUCAGACAGCUCCUUGUUCCUGUUUGGAGGUCUCAGUGUAGACCGCAAACCAAUGAGCGAUGGGUGGCUGUUUGACGCUGAAACGAAGAAAUGGAGAGAAGUCGAGCAUCCCUUUAAGGAUAAGCCAAGGUUGUGGCACACGGCAUGUGUAGGCAAAGACUCCGAUGUGAUUGUGUUUGGUGGAAGUUGUGACUACAUCCUUGAUAACCUCACAGGUCACUGCAAUGAUGUUCUCAUUUCCCAAAUGCAGCCAUAUCCUCUAUUCAGGAUUUGUGAGGAUUACAUUGCAAAGAAUGUGAAGAACCAUGAAGUGCUCAUGAAUCAGCUUCCUCUCCUGCCUUCCAGACUACUGGCACCAAUACAACGGAAGAUGUCUUUCUACAGGCCAUCAACAAAGCAGUCGUCUUAAAUACCAAGUGCUAGUCAUCUGUACAUUGAUAUUUACAUACUGAAAUUUUUAUUUCAGUAUGUAAAUAUCAAUGUACAGAUGCCUAUUUAAUGAGUCAUUAUCUGACUCAUUAAAUAGGCUUAAAACGGUUGCAAUUACUGUGCUGACUGUGUGUGUGUAGCUACUUUUGCAGGGGUUGCCAUUUAUUAAAAAAGUAAAUCCUAAGACAGUAAACAAUUGCUGGAACAUUCAAAUUUUUAAAGUAACAUACACACAGAGCUAUGCUGUGCCAGAGGGAAAUGUCAUUCCUAAAAACAGAGAGCAAGUAAUAGGUGACAGACAAGCUGGUGCAUGCUCUGUGGCAAAUAAGCAGGUUUGAGGGUGUGCUGGUUAUUCCUAAGCAUGGUAGGAAAAGUGUUAGUUCAACAGCAUUAUUUGUGUGAGGAGUAGCUCCUGGCAUCCAUUCAUGUUGUUGUUGUAACUCUGCCAUUAAGCUAAAUGAGUCUAAAUUAGAACUGAUUCAGUGAAUAGGGUGCUGCUGAUGUGUCCACAUAUAAUGUUCAGUUUGUUGAUGAAAUUUAACUUUUCAUUUUUUUUCUGGCUCUAUUCCAUCUAAUACUUCUCAUUUCACCUAUGUUUUUCCACCAGUGCUCAUUCUGGCACAGAAAGAACGUAUUACAUUGAUGCAGUGGCAAUGAACAAAUAAGACAUCAUAAAAUAAAUAAUCAUAUGCUACAUUUUCAGACAGGGUUUGUGUCUUGAUGCUACAAAAUUCUCAAUCCAGAAAUUCUGUGUCAAUCAGUCAAGACGGAAUAAAAAAUAACCUGCAAUACAAAACGUUAUUGUCAGUACAAACAGAACUGACUGUGUGAUAAUUUCAUAAAACAAUAAAA